UAUAUACACCGCUGCACUCCGAUUUGGUUUGAUGGAUUGACUGAACAACAGCAAAUCGCUACGCAGUAUUGACAGUUGCGGAUCUACAAUUGUAGUUUAUACAUAUUAAUUACAACACAGAACAACAUGAUUUCUCUUAUUUACGGUGGUGAGGUUUUGGAAGUGGCAGCCGGAAGUAAAUUUGCGUGUAAUAUCCCGCAGACAAUUCAGCAUUGGACGGGCCUAGAACCGUCGGAUUAUUAUUGUACCCAGAAUGGACGCCGUAUUGCAGUGCUUGCAAGUGACAACGUUCGUCCGAAUGUUCCGCUUCGCGUCUGGGAGCGGUUACCAGGUGGUAAAGGUGGUUUCGGAUCGAUGCUGCGGGCCAUCGGUGCACAGAUUGAGAAAACGACCAACCGGGAGGCCUGCCGGGAUCUGAGCGGACGUCGACUGCGUGAUAUAAACGAGGAGAAGCGGCUGAAAGCGUACCUGGAGAAGCAGGAGGAAGCGGGCGAUGAUGAGCGUGUAAAGACGGAGCGGAAGAUAACGAAGCUGCUGUCCAAGCCGAAGCACGAGUUCCAGGACAGGGAGUACGAGCACGCAAGGAGUGAGUUAGUUGUGGCGGCUGACGAAGCGAUACAGGAGGGUAUGGAGAAGGUCAUCUCGCUCGAGAUGGCACAAACCGAGCCGGAACAUGUACAUAGCGCAACCACAAGCGAAAAACUGGCGACCACUUCACAGCUUGCGGAGUCCACAAGGAAACGGAAACAUGCCCAAGCCGACGGAAAGGUGCAAGCGAAGAAGGGUGCAUCGAACAUGUGGCUCUGUCCAGAUGAGCUAAGCUCUUCCAGUGAUACGGAUGAAGAUACAGACAGUGAAGACAACGAAUUAACUGCAGGAACACUGGUUGCCAAAUAAUGUACAUUUUACAGUGCUGCUCAUGAACAUAUGAGACAUCAUUGUUGAGUGCACAAUUCUUUUAAUAUUUUUUUUUUAUUUUUCCGGUGCAUUUCAAACCUCACCGUGCACGUAAAUCAGUAUGUUUGAA